AUGGAUUUCGACGAGUAUGAGUAUUUAGAGAAAACGGUUGAAAAUCCGGAACCCCAGAAAGCAAAGGAAACUGCAAAUGGUGGUGAGGAAACUCUGAAAUCUGGAGAGAAAGGUCGCAGUCGAAGUUCAAAACAUAAGAGUGAUGAGAAAGGUCAUGAUGAGGAACGUCACUCAAAGCGUUCAAAAUCUGGAGAUGACUCACGUGAACACGAUCAUGAUCGGCACAGAGAGAGGGGAUCUUCUCGUCAUCGCUCACGGUCAAGAGAAGUAGAAAAGGAUCGCCACAGGAGUAGCCGGGAACAUAGAGGUAGGGAGGACAGGGAAAGGGAGGAAAGAAAUGGAAGGGAGAGAGACAGGGACAGAGACAAAGAGCGGGAUCCUGAUCGAGCCAGAGACAGGAGAGAACGCGACCGUGAGGGUGACAAGGAGGACAAGGACCGGGAGAAGGAGAAAGAGCGAUCACGCCGAAGUAGGAGUCAUUCAGAAAGGCAUCGAAGUGAUCGGGAUGAAAGAGAGAGGAGCCGGGAUGUGGAGCAUAAAGAAAGAGAUAAAGAGAAGGAUUUAAGGGAGCGGGAAAAAGAAAGCAGAUAUGCUAGAGCAAUCUUCAGAUGGUCUUUCUGGCAAUUGGGCCAGGCACAGCUCAGGUCAUGGGUCUUAAAUGUUUCUUCUAAACUUUCUGGACUCUAUUUAGAAGCUUGCAAUGCAAGAGUGAGGGUUCAAUGUUGGAGUUUUGAUCGCGGUGGUGAUGUCAUGUUCCAGAUAAUUGCAACUAGAAGACAUAAAGACAAGAAGGAAGAAGUGACAGAACCAGAGGCUGAUCCUGAAAGAGAUCAGAGGACGGUAUUUGCUUAUCAGAUUUGUCUGAAGGCAGAUGAAAGAGAUGUAUACGAGUUCUUCUCAAGGGCUGGCAAGGUCCGCGAUGUACGCCUCAUUAUGGAUUGCAAUUCAAGACGUUCUAAGGGAGUUGGGUAUAUUGAGUUUUAUGAUGCAAUGUCGGUACCUAUGGCGAUUGCACUUUCUGGUCAGCCUCUUCUUGGUCAACCAGUGAUGGUGAAGCCAUCAGAGGCUGAGAAGAAUCUGGUUCAAUCAACAUCUGUGGUUAGCGGACCAGGUGGGAUGAUAGGCCCAUAUUCUGGCGGAGCUAGAAGGCUGUAUGUUGGAAAUCUCCAUACCAAUAUAAAAGAAGACGAUCUCCGCCAGGUUUUUGGAGCAUUUGGUCCUGUAGAACUGGUUCAGUUACCUGUUGACGAAACUAACAACUGCAAAGGUUUUGGAUUUGUGCAGAAAUGCACUGAGUUUGAAUGGAAAUUGGAGUUUGCAGGUCGACUAAUUAAGGUAAUGGCACUUUACUAUAUUGUUACAGACCAAGCUGGAAUGCAAGAUCUUGGAGCAAAUGCUGGUGAUUUUGAUGACGAUGAAGGUGGUGCUUGGUUAUCAUUGAAUGCCCCGCUCUCGGCAAAAUCGCAUGCAGAAAUUGUAUCGCAGUGGCUCUGGGAUCAGUAUUGCGGUCCCCUAGGCACUCCCUCCCCUGUCCAUAGCACCGUUGGUUCUUUACCAAUGCACUACCAACACACACCACUCCUGGGAGCUGCACCAUGGUUCUCCCUCUUGUUCCUCCCAUCACCCGCUGUUCCUGGUAUCGCCGGACUUGGUGUUUGCUGGUCUUCAAAUUCCUACUCUACCUACCUUUUCCUUCUAUAG